CGUUGCCGCAGCACUUAUAGGAAAUUGCGUCCAUUUUGGUUGCAAAAAAGGCUCAACAUUCAAUUCCUUCUUCAUGUGAAAAGAGCCAAAAUGGGUUCUGACGGAUAUCGGUUUCGCACGUUCUAUUAACGAAGCAGUCAUUUCUUGCAGACACCAAUAUGCUCGACGAACAGCCAGUGAGUGAACUUGCUAUUUUGUGACACUGAAUAAAACAUUGAUUUCUAUCAUACGACAUUUUAAUCCUUCGUGUCUAGUUAUCUCGCCACGUUUUGUAUCGCUUCUUUGUUUUAUACGACUAUUUUAAGGUUUGUUCUACCCUACUACCUGAAGCAGACAACGGGCUGAAAGAAAGCUUGAAACAAACAGAAGAGUGGAAAGACCACAUUAUUGACAACUCUAUAUCUGACAGAACCGAGCACCCCAUUUUGUAACCACACUGAUGUCUGGGUGUUGACUCAAGCAAAGUGUUUAGGAGGCUGAGGUGCACAAAAAAGAUACUUAAUCAGCAAGAGCCACAGAUACAAGGGAAUCCUGGACAGACACCCUGUGCAGUGACUAGACCCCUCCUGUACACGUUUACCCCAGACUGAAGCCAUGUCAUCUGGUACUGAGACAGUGCACUAUAUCCAUCUGCACAACUCCAGCCAGUCUGUCCUUGAGGCCUUACGCUCCCAGCGCCAAGAAGGCCUCUUCUGCGAUGUGACUGUGCGCAUCCAUGAUUCCUCACUGCGGGCUCAUGCCUGUGUUCUGGCAGCUGGUAGCCCUUUUUUUCAGGACAAACUACUGCUGGGCCACUCUGAGAUUUCUGUGCCACCUCUGGUGCCAGCCGAAACAGUCAAGCAACUGGUAGACUUUAUGUAUAGCGGGUCAUUAGUGGUGCUGCAGUCCCAGGCUCUCUGCAUCUUGACUGCUGCCAGCAUCUUACAAAUAAAGACUGUCAUUGAUGAGUGCACCCAGAUAAUUUCUCAAAAGAGGGGGAGUGGUGUUACUGGUGCUGGGGGUAUUCUGCCUAAACAGGAGGAGAGGGGGGGCAAAGGUAGGGAGAGGGGUGGUGGAGGGAGUGGUGGUUUCCAGGCCUUUCAUAAUUUUGGAGUAGGUGACUGUGGUUCAGGUAACAUGAACACAAGCAUAAACAACAAUGUCAGUGGGAGUGAGAAUGACACAGGCAACCUGGAACAGUCUAGCCCAGUAGGAUUGAUCCCACUUGGAGGAAUGGGACCCAGCUCUGUGUGUACAUCUGGUGGUUUGAAUUCAGGGAUUGGAUCAGUUUUAUUAAAGCCAGGCAUUAGUUGCACCCAAGAUGUGAGGUACAAGUUACGAGAUCUGCUAGCACAGACUGCCAAUAGUAGCACCAGUCAGCGGGACAGUGGGAAUGUCAGUGUCUGCUGUAACACAAGUGUUACCAGAGAGGAAACCGCUUGUGGGAACCUGACUGACCUAAGUGUUGCCAACUGUGAACCUAUCCCGGGAAUGGAAAGAUACAGUGAGGAGGAGAUGGAUGGAAGAGAAAGGGAGCGUGAUGGAGAUAAGGAACGUGGAGGAGGACACAGCAGAAAACAGAGACAGCCACUCAGGUUACAGGUUCUUGGGGGCGAGCAAGUUGUGGUGAAAGAUGAAGGAGGGGAGGAGACACAGGGAGGGGUUUUUGAAUUGGAGAAAAGAAGUGAGGGAGAGCAAGAGAACACACAGGAAUCCAUGGAAACAUACAGUCAGGAGGGGGUGUUCUAUGAUGAGGGUGCGGUGUAUUCUGAAAGUUUUUGGUCACAGACAGCAACAGAGUCUGAGUACCCGCCAUCCUCUGAGCCUGUGACAUUUAACACCAGAGGAAGAGUAAGCAAGCCAAUGUCUCCACAACCCUCCACGCAAUCAAUCAACAACCAGCUGCUGUUUCAGUAUCCAGUCAGCCAGUCUCAGUCAACACCAUAUUUUGUCAGUGGGCCCAUGGUGAUUGACAGCAUGGGGAGAGCAGAGCCCAACCAACAGGUUCCACCUCCAGCACCAAUGACUCCUGCCCCACCUACAACCUCUUCCUGUGCAGCAGGCCCUUCCCCCUCCUCCCAGGGAUCUGAGACAUCCUUUGACUGCACUCAUUGUGGGAAGAGUCUACGGUCCAGGAAGAAUUACAGCAAGCACAUGUUCAUACACUCUGGUCAGAAACCCCACCAGUGCAGCAUUUGCUGGCGCUCUUUUUCCCUGAGAGACUACCUCCUGAAGCACAUGGUGGUGCACACAGGAGUGCGGGCCUUCCAGUGUUCAGUGUGUGGUAAACGCUUCACCCAAAAAAGCUCACUCAAUGUUCACAUGCGCACCCACCGGGCCGAGCGCACCUUCUCCUGUGCCGUGUGCCACCGAGCUUUCACCCACCGCACCUUGCUGGAGCGUCACGCCCUGCAGCAUACCAACAUCCUGCCCCCCAAGCCUGGCCAAACUUCUUCCGGAUCCACCACAAUGGGCACCGGCCUCACCACUGCAAACAUAUCUAGCAAUGGUGGCACUACUUAGAUUUUGAUGCGUUUAGAAGAGCAGGAUGAGAGAUAUGCGAAUAAGAUAAGAAAGUCGAUUAAUUGUAUUCGACUUUUAAUCGAAAAUUCACAGGAGCAUGCACACAUCAGACUUUUACCAGAAAUGCUAACUAAAAACACUGGACUGCAAGAAGGUCAUGCCUCUUUUAUUAAAUUGAGGAGGGAAAAUUGAACAAAAAAUUAUUUCCUCCAGCACUGAAUGUGACUGAGAUUUUAUCCAAUACUGAAUUACAAUCCAUACAGCUACAUUGUUGGGUACAUUAUUGUUCUAAUAUGUCCUGUUUACACACAUCUCCUAAUUAUUAGAUACCUCAGACAUUUCUGAAGGACAGAUGCUCAUAAAAUAUACAGAAAAUCAUGUAAAUGACGUGAGGAGCAAAGGAUGAGGAGGGAAUGACUGCCGGCAGAGGAGAGAAUAAGAAAAGGUAAAGGUUAUUCAUGAGAUUUGAUUUAUAUGCAAAAUUUAGUACAUUAGUCUUUAAUAUAAAACCCAAAGAAACAUGGAAUCUAGCACUGGUUCCAACAGAAGACGAUCAAUGUAAAAGGUAAUUUAGUACAUACAGUAAGAAUAAGGACCAAGUGUAGUUCAUGUAGUGGGACUGACGUAACAUUAACUGGUUAAAAUCAUAUAUUUGUCCAUAUGUACAUAGUAGUACAAAUGUGUUCUAGGACCACUGUGUCAUAAUGUUACAAGAAAGCUUAAUGCUUAUAAUUUUAAAGCAUGAAUUUAAUUGUCUGUGUUGUACUUUACAUUGUUGGUCAUUUUUGUGAAAUGCAGGGUACUGUCUGCUUGCACCAGUUCUUUUUGUUACUUUCUCCUGACCAUUAUUCUUUGUUACAUAACAUUUCUUGGUCUAGACAUUUUCAGAUCUUGAAAAUAAGCUUUUAAUAUACUCUGAAGUAUCCUUAAAUUUGUAAGAUGUGUGCCAACACUAUUACUUUUUUGUUAUGUAUAGCACUGAAACUAAUAGGUCUUGCUUUUGAAACCUAUUUUGCUUUUUUCCCCUUAUUAGUAAAAAGUUAAAAGGUUAAAAAAUGUUUUUUUUGGGGUUUUUUUUUUUUUAAUCUGAAAAUGCUUUUAUUCUCCCUUACAUUUAAUAUGGUAAUAAUUUAGCUGUUUUCCUGAGUGUUUGUGCAGGGCUGCCUAAUGGUGGGUAUAUGGAGAUUGUCAAGAUAUGGCCAGUACAUGCUGCAUGGGUGAAGGGUUAGAAAAGAGUGGGAAAAAAUUCUUCAUGUUUCACUGUCACUUUUUGAAUCCUACAAAGAAAACACCACUAUUUAUUUUGUUUGUGAUUAAAGUGUGCAUUGAAGGUCUAUAAUUUCCCUUUGAUAUUUGCUCUGCGUAAUCAGCGGAAACAAUGUUGGCUUGACCCCCAAAUGUGAACUGUACUUUUAUAUUUUGCCAAGGAAAUGUCACUUCUUUCACCAGUUUUGAUGAAACGUAUAUGCAAAUGAUCAGCAAUGAAACAAUCAAAUUCUCCAUUUACAAAUAAUACUGUGCAUGAAUCGAAUCCAGUACUGUAUCUAAAUACUGGUAAUCCUUAGAUUUUUAUCAUUCUCGAAUAUAUUUCUUCCAUUUUAUAACCUUUCAUGACAUAAUCCACAAAAAGUGAACUUCAAGUGAAAAGCAAUUUAUAUAGCUGGUUGAUAUGCUGAUGUGUUUUGAUCAACAUUGUAAUAGGGGACUGCAUAAAUAUUUCCAUAUAACCUAUCCUCUUUCAUGCAUUACCAUGCUAAGAAUCUGGGAAAUUAUGCAAAAUGUGUAUUUUUAUAUUUGUUGCACUAAUAUAAAAUAGUUAAAGUAUGCAUAAAAAUAUACAGUAUGUCAGUCACUUGACUUACUUCUAUUCUUCAGAACAAACUGAUUUGCAGACCUACAUCUUUGAAGCAUUUUAAACCACUUACAGGGCACUUUCUUGAAAUUUAAAAAGUGUAUGUGUUACUUAUUGCAGUCUAGCAUUACGUUAUCUAUGAAAGGUCCCUUUAUAGUUUUACAAAAUCUAUCAAAUUCACAUGCAAAUUUGAUUGCAGUCUAUUACAGUAUGUACAAAACCUGAAUUAAUGGUAAUUAUUUGGUCAUGGAUAACAUAACAUAAUGACAAGAACAGGCCAUUCAGCCCGGUAUUGCUUGCCAAAUUUAAUCAAUUUUCGUCAAACUGUUUGGGAGUUAUUAGCAUUUUUGAUAAGCCCUACUCAAUUGUAUUUUUUGGAGUAUCAACUGAGUAUCAACUUGAAUGGAAUCUGAGGAAAAAAUAAUUUUGACGAUAGACCGGUGAUAAAGUUAUAACCCUAAAAA